GUGGGCUGCGGCUGGCGGCAGGCCCCAGGCCCCAGGCCGAGCGGGCGGGGCAGGCCGAAGCUCGGCUGGCGGCUGGCGGUCGCUCUGUGAAUCUGCUUGAGGGGGAAAGCUGCCACGAAUGAAGAAAACUGACGGCGGAGCUGCUCCUCGUUUUCCCCUGAGCAGCUUCCAGCACGCUUCAGUCUCAACAGCGUUGGCCGUUUCGGCAUGUCCCGCGCAGCGGCAGCCCGGGGUCCGCUCGGGCUCUGGGGUCGGUGGUGGGCGCGGGGAAGGGCAGCGUGUUUACCCACUCGGUGCUGCUGGUCAGAGACCGUCCCUGUGCCAGGGCAGAAGGGAAGUGCAAGACUAAAAAUCUCAGCGCACACCAGCACAUCUCAGUUUGGUCCGUUAUUUGGUCCUUUGGCUUGGAGGAGUCUGGAAGUUGCGAAGCUUCUUUUUCCCUGUGAACUGACAGCGAUUAUUUGGCUAUUAUCCAGUUAAGGAAUUUCUUGAGAUGCUUUUAUUUAGUUCUAAUGCUCUUCAGAACAUUUAGAGGAGAAUUUUCUGUCCAAACACUUGAAGCUUGGUGGAAUAUUGCGAUGGCAGCUCAGAUGACUGAUGCUCAUCGACGGUUCUUGCAGGUCCUGAUGUCUCAUGGGAUAAUGGAAGGAUCAGAGGCUAGGAAAUUACAUAGGUGCUGCUGUGAAAUCCAUAAAGUCUACUAUGCGCAUGAUAAACUAGAUGAUUUCAUCAGUACUAUUAACAGCCAUCUACAGCCGUUGUUUAUGCAGAUCCGGAAAGGAAUGUCGGAAAGUGACGGGAGAGCACAUUAUGCUUUAGUGAAUUUGACAGAAACUGAAAUAACUAAAAUGGCAUCUGACUAUGCAGAAAAUGAAUUAGAAUUGUUCAGAAAAACAAUGGACCUAAUUGUGAUAUCAGAAAAUGGCUUUGCCUCUUCUACAGAUAUUUUAAACUUGGCUGACCAACUUAAGACAAAGAAAAUGAAGAAAAAGGAAGCGGAACAAGUGCUGAAAGUUUUUGUGGAGGAUAAGUGGCUUUCUGAGAGAAAUGGAGAAUAUACGCUGCAUACUCGUUGCAUAAUUGAGAUGGAACAAUAUAUUCUCAGCAACUAUCAAGAUACGGCCAGGAAGUGUAAUAUCUGUCACAGCCUUGCCAUCCAGAGCCAAGUAUGUGAAUCCUGUGGAAUUGGAAUGCAUUUACCUUGUGUCAGAAAGUACUUUAGAGACCAGAGUGAACCACGCUGUCCCCAGUGUAAUGCUUUCUGGUCUUGUGACAUUCCAGGUAUGCGUCGAAUAGACUGCCCGUCAUCAUCAAAAACAGGAAGGGCAGAGAAGAGCUUCAGUCUCAGCACUAGACGAUGCUAGUAAAACUUGUUUUCAGUGAAAUCUUUUUUCCCCACUCUUGUAAAAUAGCCAGACUGUAUUGUAUUCGUUAGUAACAGUGCACUGUUCAGUGUACUUAUUUUUUCCUGAAGUUUUAUAAACCUUACAAUAAAACUAUCAUUGACCUUC